UUAAAAAAAAAAUAAAUAAAUAAAUAAAAACGCACUUUAUCCUCUCUCUCUCUCUCUCUCUCGCUCUGAAACUAGGCUAAUGGCGUCGAAGAUUUCUGUUACGGGUCAGAUAUCAAAGCUACAUGGACUCGGAGUGAAUGACUGGAAAAGAACUUGUCCCUCAUCACUCACUCUUUGCAAUCUAAAUUCGACUGCAAAUUUAGCUGGUACACAGAUCUUCUCCCCGUGUUCUGUGAACUUUGGGCAAAAUUACAGAUCUCUCCGCAUAUGUGGUCUAUUUGGUGGGAAGAAGGAAAAUAAUGAGAAGAGUGAUGAUGCUCCUUCGAAGGCAGGAAUCUUUGGGAAUAUGCAGAAUCUGUAUGAGACGGUGAAGAAGGCACAAAAUGUUGUGCAAGUUGAGGCAGUGCGAGUGCAAAAAGAACUUGCUGUAGCAGAGUUUGAUGGUUACUGUGAAGGCGAGCUAAUAAAGGUAACACUGUCUGGUAACCAGCAACCUAUACGGACAGAGAUCACUGAGGCUGCAAUGGAAUUAGGACCAGAAAAAGUUUCUCUUUUGGUUACUGAGGCGUACAAGGAUGCACAUCAGAAGAGUGUCCAGGCAAUGAAGGAAAGAAUGAGUGAUCUUGCCCAAAGUUUAGGAAUGCCACCAGGGGUCGGUGAUGGAUUGAAGUAAUGGUUUUUUUCCUCUGAGAUAAUGUCAAUUUUGUGUACCGUCUGGGCAAAAUGCUCACCUUGUAAGUACCAUGAGUUUGUUUUCAUUUAAAUACCAGUUUUUAACUAAAGUAGAGACUUGUAAUUUCAUAUCUCCUUCCUCAUGAAAAAAAUGAAUGUUGCAUAUUGGUUACACCGAUUUGUCAUAACCGAUGAAUACAACCAUGAACAACACAAUUAAGAGUCCAAGAGGAAAAGGUUGUGGUUGA